GCCACUGGGUUGGGCCAUUUAUGGACCAGAAGAAGAUGGAGAAUUAAGAAGAAGAAGAAGAAGAAGAUCAUCAAGUGCUUUGAUAUUCUCUCGCCCUGCUGCAAGAUGGAGAAGAAGAUGACUGAUGAUCAUAUUCAUGGAGAAGAAGAGAAGGAGAUUAUAAACAGCAACAACCGCAAGAAGAAGAAGCAGCGGCUCGGAGGGAUCAAAACAAUGCCAUUUAUCCUCGCAAAUGAGAUAUGCGAUAGAUUUGCAUCGAGCGGUUCGCAUGCGAACUUGAUAUCGUACCUGACCGGACAACUCAACCUGCCCAUGGUCAAGGCUUCCAACACUCUCAGUUACUUUGCUGCCACCUCCGGUUUCACCCCCCUCAUCGGAGCUCUCAUCGCCGACUCCUUCGCCGGACGCUUCUUGACCAUCCUCGUUGGCUGUAUCAUAUAUGAACUGGGACUGGUGAGCAUCACAAUAUCGGCGACACUGCCUAAUCUCCGGCCUCCGCCAUGCCCAACUCAAGUGAACUGCAAGGAGGCCUCCACCCUGCAGCUGUCUCCUCUCUACAUCUCUUUGCUUCUUUCGUCGCUGGGCUCCGGCGGCAUCCGUCCAUGCGUGGUAACCUUUGCCGCUGAUCAAUUCGACAUGACCAAAACAAAGGUUGAGGCUCGGGGAUGGAAUUUCUUCAACUGGUACUACUUUUUUAUGGAAAUGGCGUCGCUGACUUCUCUUACAGUGGUGGUUUACAUCCAAGACAAUGUGGGAUGGGGCCUCGGCCUGGGAAUUCCGACCAUCGCCAUGGCCGUCUCUGUAAUGGUUUUUGCUUUGGGGUAUCCUCUUUACAGGAAAGUGAAAGCAGGGGGGAGUCCAUUGAUCAGACUGGUUCAGGUGAUUGUCGCAGCUGUGAAGAAGAGGAAAGAAGCCACGCCAACAGAUUCAGUCCAGUUGUACGAAAGCAGGGAGCUUGACGCUGCUAUUUCUUGCAAUGGCAGGCUGCUGCAUACAGACCAGUUCAAGUGGCUUGAUCGAGCUGCUAUUGUAACCGAAGAUGACGAGAAGGAUCCAAGCUCGCCAAAUCUAUGGAGGCUCGCCACUGUCCACAGAGUGGAGGAGUUGAAAUCCAUCGUCCGGAUGCUGCCAAUCUGGGCCGCCGGAAUCCUCCUCGUAACCUCGCUUUCCCACCAGCACAGCUUCGUCAUCAUCCAAGCUCGCUCCAUGGAUCGCCACCUCUCCCGCUCCUUCCAAAUCCCCCCGGCCAGCCUCACCAUCUUCAACGUCCUCACCGUCACCAUCGGCCUAGUUCUCUACGACCGCCUCUUCGUCCCCUUCGCUCGCCGAUUCACCGGCAAUCCCACCGGCAUCACAUGCUUACAGAGAAUGGGAAUUGGCUUUACGGUGAACAUCCUCGCCACCGUAGUUGCCGGACUCGUCGAGAUCAAGAGAAAAGCAGUGGCAGCGAGUCACAAUUUGCUCGACGAGCCUAAGGCAGUGAUACCCAUCAGCGUGUUUUGGUUGGUUCCUCAGUUCUGCCUCCAUGGAGUGGCCGAGGUUUUCACGUCGGUGGGGCGCAUGGAGUUUCUGUAUGAUCAGUCGCCGGAAAGUAUGAGAAGCACCGGCACGGCUCUCUACUGGGUGGCGAUCUCGGUGGGGAACUACUUGGGGACGAUGGUGGUGUCACUCGUUCAUGAAUAUUCCGGCAAGGAGAGGAAUUGGCUGCCGGACCGGAAUCUGAAUAGGGGAAGGCUGGAAAACUAUUACUGGCUUGUGACUGGGAUUCAAGCCAUAAAUCUGGUGUAUUAUGUGAUUUGUGCCGGGUUUUAUGCUUAUAAGAAAGUGGAAGAGAUGACUGGAAUCAAUGGCGAGGGGGAUGUCGAAUUUGCCGGCGAUGGUGAUACUAAAAUCGAAUCCAAGACAUGAGUGAUGUCAAUGAAAAUUGGGAGGGAUUAGUGAAAGUUUCUUGAUUGUAAUUUCUCUUCAGAUCUUCAAGAAAAGUACGAAGAAACAAUUGUUUCAAAAGGGCGUGCAAAAUAAGAUGCAUUCAAAGAUCGAUGCCGGAAGCUCUCCAUUAUAGAUUAAUCUUAUUCUAGUGGCGAAAGUCUUCGCUGAUCAUAGGAAUUACAAGUCUAUGUAUGCUUCAUCUGAAUCCAAUGAAACAAUUUGAAGCCGCAUUUCUCUUCA